UUGUAUAUUUAUAUUGGACAUGUCAUUUUAGAGUUCGGGCAGACACUAACUUGAAAACUUAGUACUAUAAAUAACAAUCUCAGUUAAGUCUCUUGCAAAUCGUUGAUAAUCUAGAGAGAUUGAGGAUUAAAAAGGGAAAAAAUGGCCACCGUUUCUGCUCCUAAACAGGUUUCAGUUAAGGAAGAUGCAGAAGCUCUUCGGAAGGCUUGCCAAGGAUGGGGCACAGAUGAGAAGGCAAUAAUUGCAGUGUUGGGUCGUAGAAACGCAGCUCAAAGAAGGCAAAUCAGGCAUGUUUAUGAAGAGAUUUACCAGGAAGAUCUCAUCAAGCGUCUCGAAUCAGAGCUUUCUGGUCACUUUGAGAAAGCAGUGUAUCGUUGGAUAUUGGAUCCACCAGAUCGGGAUGCAGUGUUAGCUAAUGUGGAGUUAAAGAAAUCAGGCGAUGAACACCAUGUGAUUGUUGAAAUUUCAUGCACCAAAAACCCCGAGGAGCUGUUGGAUAUAAGAAGAGCCUAUCACGCUCGAUACAAGCGUUCCCUGGAGGAAGAUGUUGCCUAUCAUACCAAGGGAGACACCCGAAGGCUCUUAGUUGCGUUGGUGAGUGCAUUUAGAUACUAUGGGGAAGAAAUAAAUACCACACUAGCAAAAUCCGAAGCCAAAAAACUCCAUGAAGCUGUCAAAAACAAGAAAUUCGGUAAUGAGGAUGUUAUUAGGAUCCUUAGUACAAGGAGCAUAGCGCAACUCCAGGCCACUUUCAAUUGUUACAGAGAAGAAGAAGGCACUUCCAUUACCAAGAACUUGCCAAAGGACUCGAGUGACGAAUACAUCGCCACGCUACGUAUGGCAGUUCGAUGCCUCAAGGACCCGAAAAAGUACUUCGAAAAGGUUUUGCGGAGAUCGAUCGAGGGGAUUGGAACCGAUGAGGACGCUCUUACGAGAGUGAUUGUUACGAGGGCGGAAAAGGACCUGAAAGAAAUCAAAGAGCUUUAUCGUAAGAGAAACAAUGUGCCUCUUGAUAAAGCUGUUGAUAAAGAGAUCUCAGGGGAUUACAAGGACAUGCUUCUUACUCUGUUGGGGAAUGAAGUUUGAAAUGAUCUUUAUUUGACCAUUUGCAGGUGCCUUUUUUUUUUCUUUAAAUAAGUGGUGUUGGUUUUAUCAUUGAUUCGAGUCACCAUUAUGUUCGUCUCUAUUUAAGGUUCUAUAUGGUGUGACAAUAUUUUCAUUUGGUCUGGUUUUAAUGUUCCUAAACGAUGUUGUAAUGGCUUGUUGAUUUUUAUUAUCCAUAUAUAAAUUUCAUAAGCUUGAUUGGCGCGGGUA